CUAUGUAAAUCAGGAGAAAUCAGCCACUUCCUGGCGCCAAGAUCGGUCACAGCAUCUCCCGAUUCGAAUGUUCUCCCUGUAACCCUAGAAGAAACAUAAGAAGCGGGAAUAUUUCUACCUCAAAUGCACCGGAUCUGAUUCCGCCGGCGUUAUGCGUCACGCGAACCAUUCGCCACCUAGGAGGGGCGGCAAUGGAACAACUGGCGGCGCUUCGUUCAUCCGCCGCUGUGCUCUUAUCGACCUUGUCGCCGCCUCCUUCUUCUCUGCCUUACUCCUAUUCUUACUUCUCACAUUUACUCCGCUCGGCGACCCGCUCGCGGCUUCCGGCCGACGAUACCUUGGGCGCCAAUCCGCAUCCUUUGCUCGUCAGAGGGAGAAAGUGAUCGCGGCCAUUGAACUUGGUGAGGAGGUGGUGAUCGAGUCGUGUCCGGCGGAGGAAGUGGACAAGAUGCCGUGCGAGGAUCCGAGGAGAAAUAGUCUGUUUGAUCGUUACAUGAAUUUCUACCGUGAGCGCCACUGUCCUGCGCCGGGGGAGGCGUUGCUCUGCCUUGUUCCUCCACCGAAAGGUUAUCGUGUUCGGAUUCCAUGGCCUGAGAGCCUACACAAGAUAUGGCACAACAACAUGCCAUACAAUAAAAUUUCCGAGCGAAAGGGUCAUCAGGGUUGGAUGACAGAAGAAGGCCCGUACUUCAUUUUCCCAGGUGGAGGCACAAUGUUUCCUGAUGGAGCUGAGCAGUACAUUGAGAAGCUAGGACAAUAUAUUCCAAUUAAGAAGGGUAUUUUGAGGACAGCAUUGGAUAUGGGAUGUGGGGUAGCCAGUUUUGGAGGCUUUUUGCUAAAAGAAAACCUCUUGACAUUAUCAUUUGCUCCAAGGGAUUCUCACAAAUCUCAGAUACAGUUUGCUCUUGAAAGAGGAAUACCUGCCUUCGUUGCUAUGCUGGGUACACGGCGGCUUCCAUUCCCGGCUUAUGCUUUUGAUCUGAUUCACUGUUCACGGUGCUUAAUUCCUUUCACUGCCUACAAUGGAUCUUACAUAGUUGAAGUGGAUAGAUUACUUCGACCUGGGGGAUAUCUAGUUAUAUCCGGCCCACCAGUAAAAUGGGCCAAACAAGAAUCUGAAUGGGAUCAUCUACAGGCAGCAGCACUUGCCUUGUGUUAUAAACUUCUUGUGGUGGAUGGCAACACUGCCAUCUGGAAGAAGCCCUCCAUACCUUCUUGUCUUCAGGAGAACAAACUUGGAAUUGGAUACUGCAGGGACUCUAAUGAUCCAAGUGAGGCAUGGUAUUUCAAAUUAAAUGCCUGUGUGAAUAAGAACCUGGCUAAGGGAGAAUUUGCUGUUGGAGCAAUACCAAAGUGGCCAGAUAGACUACUAAAACCCUCUCCAAGGCUCUCGCUUACUGAACGGGGUGAUUCUUUUGAAGCUGACACAGAGCUUUGGGCUAGACGAGUUGAAUACUACAAGAAAUCUCUUGGCAUCAAGCUGGAAAGUCCAUCAGUACGCAAUGUUAUGGACAUGAAUGCAAAUCUGGGAGGGUUUUCUGCUGCAUUGUCUCAUAACGAUGUCUGGGUUAUGAAUGUUGUUCCUGUCUUCUUUCAAUUAACACUCGAUGUGAUUUAUGACAGAGGUCUUAUUGGAGUUUAUCAUGAUUGGUGUGAGGCAUUCUCAACAUAUCCCCGGACAUAUGACUUGUUGCAUGUUUCUGGAAUCAGCUCUUUAGUUGCUGAUUCAUCAUCAAACUUGAACAGGUGUCAUCUUGUUGAUUUGAUGGUGGAGAUGGAUCGAAUCUUACGACCAAAAGGAACGGCUGUGAUUCGGGACUCCAUGGAAGUCAUUGACAAGGUAGCUCAAAUUGCCCGGGCAAUAAAAUGGACUACUGAUUUGCACCAAGUCGAGCCAGAAUCGCCAGGUGAUGAAAGGAUUCUUGUAAUAACAAAAAAUUUUGUAAGUUGACUACGAUUCAUAAGCUGAUAGAUUACUAAAUUCUCCAUACCAUUGUAUCUAAAAUUUUUUGCAUUCUUGUUCUCUUAGAAUGUGAGAAUAGAAACUUCAGUUGAUCACAAGCUUCUUUUC